AUGCUCCCUCGGCCAGUCACUCGGGCGCUUGCCCUGUCUCUCUUUGUUCUCGUACUGAACACGGGCUACGUGGCUUCACGCAAUCUGAUUCCAGCGGCGGCCUUGUCAGACUAUGUCACCCGCCAGCAGGGAAUGAUUGCCGAUACUCCGGCGCCAAUGGGCACUUUGCUAGAUGCAGAGGGCGGCCAGCAACAGAAGCCGCUCGACUGUUUUCAAGUCGCACAGCCAGUGUUGGGUCCCAAAGGCCCCAUCUACCAGGCGUUGACGGGCAGCUUUGAUGAUGGCAAGGGUAAAUCUCCGACGACGGAUCCCAAAGAGUGCAAAGUGCAGUUGAUGGACCACUCUUUUGGUAACAGCUUCGACAAGCCCUUUGUUGGCGACUACAAACCCCCUGGCUGCGACUUCAACCGCGUCAUUGUAAACUUUACUGCCACCUCUGCAGGCCGCCAACUGGAUCGGUUGGCUUUGUUGUAUCUCGGCGACACGGAGGUAUGGAGAACAUCCACUGCGGAGCCCAGAGCGGCGCCCGGAAUCACCUGGACCUAUUGGAAAGACAUGACCCCGUAUCUUAGUCUCUGGAAGACUCCCCAGAAGAUCAUUUUCGACUUGCCCAACCUCAUCGACGACAGGUUUACGGGCCCCUUCAACUGCACCCUGACCGCAACCUUUUUCAAAAGCGACGUCGAAACCGACAGUGCACCCCCGGCUGACCUCAUCAUCCCCAUCUCGUCACGGAACGCGUCCUCCAACACAGGCAGUGCCUGGCAAGUGCCUGAACGUGAAGCCGUGAGCACUGUCAAAUUUCCGCGCAAUGCCAAUCGAGCAGUCUUCUCCGUCUCGGCCAAUGGCCAAGGAACCGAGGAAUUCUGGUGGAGCAACGUCCUUCAGAGCGAUGCUGCAGCUUUCAAUGCCACUGUCGGUAUGGCCCCGGAUGGCAGCCCGUGGCGUGAGGUGCAAGUCAUCAUUGAUGAUCAGCUAGCUGGGGUUCAAUGGCCGUUCCCUGUUAUUUUCACUGGAGGCGUGGUCCCCAGCUUUCAUCGGCCACUCGUAGGCCUUGAUGCCUAUGAUUUACGGGAACACGAGAUCGAUAUCUCGCCAUGGCUCCCGGUUCUAAGUGAUGACAAGGAGCACACAUUCAAGAUCAAAGUCGCCGGCCUCGCGGAUGACGGGCAAAAAACUUUUGUCAAUACGACAGUUGGCAACUUUUGGGUUGUGUCUGGCAAAGUUUUCCUAUGGCUGGACGAAGAGGGCUCCAUCACGACUGGGAAACCACCCACCGUAUCAAUCUCCGACCCUGAUAUCAAAAUCACUGGUCGGGCCCUAGGAAAGAACUCUACAGGCGCCAACGAAACUCUUGCAUUCAAUCUGGAUGUGACGAGGGUGAUCUCUGUCAAAGGCGAAGUAGUCUCCAAGAAAGGAACCAAGAACCCAGAAUGGACUCAAAAGUUAUCGUACACCAACAAUGCGACGCUAGGCCAGUUUGGUCGCAAUGGCUUCAAUAACUUCAUCAUCACCGGAACAGACGAACUGACGGGGAUGGGCACAUACAAAUCAACAUAUUCGUACCCGCUGAUCGUCAAUCAAACUGCCAACAUGUCAGCAAAUGGUGAUCUGAGCCUGGACGCAACACUAUUCCAAGAACUGAGGUUGGAAGUCGAAGGUGUCGGUGUAUACCCGACCGGGCUUGAGGCUUACAAUAACCCAACCCGCAACAGGCAGGGACAAAGCAGCCAGUACAAGACUUCCAAACUCUCGACGUUCCGGAACGGAACGGCAGUCUUCAACAUGCCGGCAGAUAUGAAGAGCAGCUCAGCAUUUGGCACUACUAGGCAAGUGUUCCGGUUCAGCGGCGGCCGGGACGGGGCACGUGACGUGGAGCUAUACACGAGGAGAGUGAGAGCAAGCAACAACACGGUGCUCUCCGACGAAGAAAAGUCUGCCGAUGGUCGUGAGAAGGUUUUGACCGUCUCAGACCCUUUAGGAGAAGCCAAUUAA